AAGCAAUUAACAAAUGCUUUAAAAGCAACCCGUCUACAUCUCUGUGCAGAGUUACCGCACGUGUACCUAUUCUUAAGCCAAUGAACAUUUAUCUACUGCGGAAACUGGAGGAGUUCUGAUUGUUUUACAGUAAAAUCAGAAUCUGUGCUACAGAUUCAGAUAGGAAAAGUUCUUUGGCUGUCUGAAUCAGUGAAGACUACCUUGCUGCACUGGAUAUCCAUCUUGUGGGAUGCAACGUUCAAGACAUUUUGGUAACAAUAUGGAUAAGCAAUGGGAAGCUGAAAGGCGUGGAGCUAAGAGAGCAGAAGCAAGGCUCAGCAACGGUAUUCAAGAAAUUGAAGAAGCUCAGCAUUACCAUAUGAACAACAUGGUAAAAGAGCAAAAACGAUUACAGAAAGAUCUUAUCAAGAUCAAGCAAGCUGCUGUUAAAAAAAACUCAAAUGUGAAAAACAAUAGAACAGACAUUCCACAAACAACAAACUCUGGGAAAAGUCAACUUGCAGCUUCUCCUGAUGGACCAGUCAUGGCAUUGGGCUCAUCAAUGACUCUUCAAAUGCGUAUAAAUGACUUCAUGGAUGGUGUAAAAAAAGGACAAUCUGAAAAUCUUCAGAGAAAAGGAAGUGAGUUGUCACUUUCUGGUACGAAUAUAAUAGAUAUCAAAACUUCUCUAUCUAGGAGGCUCAGCAUCUCUUCAGUAACUGAGGACACUGUUUUUCAGAAUGAUCUGUCAGGAAAAUCAUUUGGUCUUCUGUCUAAUACAAAUGAAAAAUCUGCCUCAGCAAACCCACAGUAUCUUAGACAGAGAAGAGGUUCCCUUUUCAAGGAUAAGGCAGCUUUUGAUGAAGAAAUCUAUGCCCCUGAUGGGGGUCUCCGUACCUUACACACAAUGCCUGACUUUAUGGAUUCCCUGGAGGAAGCAAAAAAUGCCAGAUAUAUUAGACACAGAGUCAAACCAGAGUCUGAAAAAGAACUGGGUGUUGGUGAAAUAUUUGAAAAGGAGGAUAGCGGUAGUUUUCCAUAAAGACAAUACAAGUGAAAAGGAAAACAUUAAAGAGACAACAUAAAACAGGCCUCUCUAGUUCUUUAUCAACAGACAUUACAAAUCGGAACCUUCUAAUGAUUGAUUGAUGCUAUAACAACAAAUGCCUUGUCUUCAGAACAAAUGUCAGUGUAUAGGUUGUUUGUUUGUCUUUAUAUUGUAAGAUUUAAUGGGUAACAGACAGAGUCAUCUAUCAUAAAAAAAAUUGUCAGGGAACUUUUUAGAAAAUAUUUGCAUUAUUUCUUUAUUUUGUUGAUUUAUC